AGACGGGGCGGAGCGAUCCGUAGGCAGGGCCUGACGCCGCAGUUCUGCUUGGCCGGAGCCUCAACGGAUGGGCGGGGAGGGGGCGGGGCCGGGGAACCCGGAAGGUCCGGCGCCCGAGCACCCUGUCUCGCUGGGACCCGGGUCUUGCUGUCCCCCGCUGGCCUCCUGCCCGGGCGACUGCAGCCAGGAUGGGCCGGAAGGUGACCGUGGCCACCUGCGCACUCAACCAGUGGGCCCUGGACUUCGAGGGCAAUUUGCAAAGGAUUUUAAAGAGUAUUGAAAUUGCCAAAAACAGAGGAGCAAGAUACAGGCUUGGACCAGAGCUGGAAAUAUGCGGCUACGGAUGCUGGGAUCAUUAUUACGAGUCGGACACCCUCUUGCACUCGUUUCAAGUCCUGGCAGCCCUUCUGGAGUCUCCCGUCACUCAGGACAUCAUCUGCGACGUGGGGAUGCCUGUAAUGCACCGAAACGUCCGCUACAACUGCAGAGUGAUAUUCCUCAACAGGAAGAUCCUGCUCAUCAGACCCAAGAUGGCCUUGGCCAACGAAGGCAACUACCGCGAGCUACGCUGGUUCACCCCGUGGUCGAGGAGUCGGCACACGGAGGAGUACCUUCUGCCUCGGAUGAUACAGGACCUGACAAAGCAGGAAACUGCGCCCUUCGGAGAUGCGGUGCUGGCCACGUGGGACACCUGCAUUGGAAGUGAGAUCUGUGAGGAGCUCUGGACACCUCACAGCCCGCACAUCGACAUGGGCCUGGAUGGGGUGGAGAUCAUCACCAAUGCCUCGGGCAGUCACCACGUGCUGCGCAAAGCCAACAGCAGGGUGGAUCUCGUGACUAUGGCCACCAGCAAGAACGGUGGGAUUUACUUGCUGGCCAACCAGAAGGGCUGUGACGGGGACCGCCUCUACUACGACGGCUGCACCAUGAUCGCCAUGAACGGAAGCGUCUUCGCUCAAGGAUCCCAGUUUUCUCUGGAUGACGUGGAAGUCCUGACGGCCACGCUGGAUCUGGAGGACGUCCGGAGCUAUAGGGCGGAGAUUUCAUCUCGAAACCUGGCGGCCAGCAGGGCGAGCCCCUACCCCCGAGUGAAGGUGGACUUUGCCCUCUCGUGCCAUGAGGACCUCCUGGCACCCGUCUCUGAGCCCAUCGAGUGGAAAUACCACAGCCCUGAGGAGGAGAUAAGCCUUGGACCUGCCUGCUGGCUCUGGGACUUUCUAAGACGAAGCCAACAGGCGGGGUUUUUGCUGCCCCUGAGUGGCGGGGUGGACAGCGCAGCCACCGCCUGCCUCGUCUACUCCAUGUGCUGCCAGGUCUGCAAGUCUGUGAGGAGCGGAAAUCAGGAAGUGCUGGCUGAUGUCCGCACCAUCGUGAACCAGAUCAGCUACACCCCUCAGGAUCCCCGAGACCUCUGUGGACGCAUACUGACCACCUGCUACAUGGCCAGCAAGAACUCCUCCCAGGAGACGUGCACCCGGGCCAGAGAGUUGGCCCAGCAGAUUGGAAGCCAUCACAUCAGUCUCAACAUUGAUCCAGCCGUGAAGGCCGUCAUGGGCAUCUUCAGCCUGGUGACGGGGAAGAGCCCUCUGUUCGCAGCUCAUGGAGGAAGCAGCAGGGAAAACCUGGCGCUGCAAAAUGUGCAGGCUCGAAUACGGAUGGUCCUCGCCUAUCUGUUUGCUCAGCUGAGCCUCUGGUCUCGGGGCAUCCGUGGUGGGCUCCUCGUGCUGGGAUCCGCCAACGUGGAUGAGAGUCUCCUGGGCUACCUGACCAAGUAUGACUGCUCCAGUGCAGACAUCAACCCCAUAGGCGGAAUCAGCAAGACAGACCUGAGAGCCUUCGUCCAGUUCUGCAUCGAUCGCUUCCAGCUUACUGCCCUGCAGAGCAUCCUGUCGGCGCCGGCCACCGCAGAGCUGGAGCCCUUGGCUGAUGGACAGGUGUCCCAGACCGACGAGGAAGAUAUGGGGAUGACGUACGCGGAGCUCUCGGUCUAUGGGAAACUCAGGAAGGUGGCCAAGAUGGGGCCCUACAGCAUGUUCUGCAAACUCCUCGGCAUGUGGAGACACGUCUGCACCCCGAGACAGGUCGCUGACAAAGUGAAGUGGUUUUUCACCAAGCACUCCAUGAACAGACACAAGAUGACCACGCUCACGCCUGCGUACCACGCCGAGAACUACAGCCCUGAGGACAACAGGUUUGAUCUGCGACCGUUCCUGUACAACACGAGCUGGCCUUGGCAGUUUCGGUGCAUAGAAAAUCAGGUGCUACAGCUCGAGAGGGCAGCGCCACAGUCCCUGGACGGCGUGGACUGAGGCCAGGUCCUUCCUGGAGGCCUCCUCUCCUCGGGGACCCCAGCGCCUCGUCACCAGCAUUGCUGAAGCCAAGGGUAGGAGCCCAGAACGGCACGGCACAUCAGCCGAGAAGGAGGGAACUUUUCAGUCAAAUUCCUCAAAAAGAGGCUGGAAUAAAGCCUGGGCUUAAAAAGAG